ACUCCUUCCCUCCUCCGCAGCGCGCAGACAGUUGUCUGUCCCAGCCCCUCCGACGGGAGCCUGGCUGGCGUUGGGAGCCAGCGCCGCGCAGCCCUGCCAGGGAGAGUGGCCAGGCGAAGGGGGCCGGUGGCGCGGACGGCGGUGGCGGGCUCCUCGUCUCCCCCUCGCGCUGGAACUCCCGGGCAGAAAAGAAAAAUGCUUGCAGCUUAAAACCCAUCAAAAGUCCUCACAAAUAAAAUGGACUUACAGAAGCUUCUAUGUAUAGUGCACCCCUUCCCACUUCCUUAGAGAGCCUGGUCGCCUUCGGAGGGAGGUUAUCCUAUGGCAGGAUAUGAUGGAAGAGGCUGAGAAUUGUGGUGAAUAAGUUGCAUCACUCGACUGAAAGGAUUGCUGUGGCUGUUAUCAGAGCUACGCUUAGACACUGUUUUGGAUGAACCCUCUCUGUACCAUAUCUGGACUCUUCUGGCCUUUUAAUUUUUAAGGGUUCAUGUUGGGAAGGGGUCUGAAACGCAAGUUGAGUGAUUAUGAAGAAAACAUGGCUGGGCUCUCAAGUGCCUUUGAUUCCAGUCGAAACCUGCCCUAUCCUCUCAAGAGGCAGUUGGUGCUCAACGUGUGCCUCGCCAAGUUACAGACAUACAAGAUGCUGGUGGAACCAAACUUGCACCGCUCUGUCCUUAUAGCCAACACAGUCAGGCAAAUCCAGGAGGAGAUGAGGCAAGAAACUAGCCAGCAGCUCCUGAAUAUGUGCAACGGGCUCAGCACCAGCCCUUCUGGUUGCAUGAGCGUGGAUUCGUCUGUAAUACCUUUACAUCUUUUCCCUUGUGAUAACCAGCAGGAGCCAAAUGGUUAUGAACCACGGCCAGUAGAAGGCCCCCUUGAAAACAGCUUGUUGAUGGUUUCUGAUAACGACAUGUCAUCUGCCAUUUCCUCUAUUCUGAAAGACUUGGACUUCAUGGAGGAUGUGAGCCCACCUACCUAUUUGACUGCACCUGGAGAUGAUCAGUUCAAGGCUUCUGAAAGCCCUGGUGUUCGGUCAGACGAUGAGAGACAAGAUCUGAAGGGAGUGGAAUGUGCAUUUGGCUCCUUUGAAAUUUCAAACUCUACUAGCUACUUGAAAGACUUGGCUAUAGAUGACAUCUUUGAAGAUAUUGACACUUCAAUGUAUGAUUCAGACUUUGACUGCCCCUCACUAACGCUUCCAAGACCCUCCCCUGUUGCCCCUGCAGAAGAGACUUUGAAAACCUUCCCUUCUUGCAAUUCUUCCUCAGCAAGCAACAUCCCGAUAUGUAGAAGCGAUUUGAGUGACUUGGACCACAUCAUGGAGAUUCUUGUUGGGUCCUGACACUCCCCUCCUAAAAGAAGUCCAAAGAGACAUUCUUAUCCUGCCACAUUUGAAUUAAGACCACAGAGAGGAAGCAGCAGAAUGCUUUGUCGAAGUGGCAACCAGAGGCAUUGUCUUUGAAUGGUCCUGAAAACCUCUCCAAAACUCAUAUAUAAACCAAAAAAUGUGGCUGGCUUUUAUGUAAAAAAAUAUUUAUUGAACCGAUUGUGCAAUCUUUUUUUUUUUUUUUGGUCCUUCUGGGGCAUAUGCAAAGAAUGUCUCUCUUGCACAUCCCCUUUCUACCCUUAUUCCAGCAGAAAUAACUUUUUAAUGUGCAAUUUUUAUUCUGAAAAUUUGAAUACAUGAAUUUUCAUAAAAGGGGAAAAUAUCUUCUGAAGUAAAGAUUCUAUUUUUUAAAUGUCUGACUACGUGCUAUGUUGGCAUUCACUGGAGUUGCAUACUUGGAGUUUGCAGCCUCAGUAAAUAGAUAUAUUUAAAAAAAAUGGAAAGACAAAAAAAAACACACCUCUUCCCUUUUGUUGAAGGAGCCUCAAGAUGCUUGGAAGCAAAAUACCUUGCAUUUUGUAAAGCAUUCAAAACUAUUUAUUUUUGUAAAUUUUUUAGCCUUUCUACAUUUUACAAUAUUGAUCCAUCAUAGUUUGGAGAUGAUGAAUUUCUGAUCGGAUCUGGGUGGCACUACCUCUAUAAGCUGAAAUGCUUUAACUUUUUCCAGUGCUUUGUCUAACACUGCAGAUCUUUUCCCCCCUUGGAUGGCAUGUGAUGUGCAGGACUGGAGAAGCAAAGAAAUUGUUGACAGCAACUUGGCUGGUGAAAUUGGAUGGUAUUUAAUUGUACGCAUUUACAAAUGUAAUUUAUAUGUAGAUUAUCCAGUUUUAAAACUUUGUCAGUAUUAUGUGCAUCAAUUUUGGGUAAUCUGGGAUUUUUUUAAAUGUUAGUAUAUUUAACUGUACAUGUAGAAAUAUUUUAACUCUUUGGAGAAUAUUGUAUCUUUGCAACAAAUUUUUAGAUUUUAUGUGCAAUAUAUCACUUAAACAGAAUUUUUUUUUGCACACCCUGUCUUGCAAGAAAAAGUCGUUAAAUCCAAAUGGCAGAUAAACAUUCAAGAUGCCUAAUGGGCCAGUCUUGGAGGCGCAUAAACUGCUGGUAAUUUUAUGCAGAAGCUCUAUAGAAGAUUGGAAAGUCUGCUGUUUCACAGUUGCCUGUCAAAGAUGUUCACCGUGGAAUGUACUUUCUCUGCAUGGCUGGGUCGAUUUGCCCCUCCUAUAAAAUUCUAAGAAUAGAGUUCAGUAUCACGAGGAGCCCCUCUCCAUCUUCAGUAACUCCUCUCCAUCUUCAGUGGGUUAGGACAGAGUCCUCAUGAAGGGAGUUACAUUGCCAUGGGCAGCAGCAGCUUCGGCUCUGUCCUGCUGAGUUAGUUUCUGUUAAUCAUGACCACAGUGCUAUCUACAGGUUGAGGUGUCCAUACAGUUUAGAUUGGUCGUUACCGUUUACUGUCUGACUAUAGCUGGCUUGUUGGAAUUGACCCUUUCUCCUAUCCUUGCAAGUAGAUCAAGGUGGGUAGCCAUGUUUGUCUGUAGUAGUAGUAAACAGCAAGAGUCCAGUAGCACCUAUAAGAGUGACAAAGAUUGUGGUGGGGUAUGAGCUUUUGUGAGUUACAGCUCACUUCUUCAGUGAGUGACUAAUAGUGGGAUCUGAAGAAGCAAACUCCCAAAAGCUCAUUCCCUGCCACAAACUGUGUUAGUCUUGUAGGUACUACUGGACUCUUAACUCUUUUCUACUGCGUUAUUGGAUGUGAGUUUAACACAAUAGCGCAUGGGCAUUGCAGAAUCAUCCCUCUGUGCACUCACACACUUGCCGGCUAGCGGUAGAAGCCUUUGUUAGGAGAACAGGCAGGCUCAGUAGCAAGCAACACAGCUGACAGAAACUAGAGUUGACUCCACGGUAGAAAGAACCAUUAUUCCAGCAGUUGUAUUGCUGUUGCACAAUCUUUCCUCUCAAAAAGAUUGUGCCACCCAUUUUCUUUACUACUUCCAUUUUACUGUUUAAGGAGAAUCUGCCAAGCGUCAGCAGAACUGAAAACCUUCCAUGGUUUAAUCUCAAAUUGAGUGAAAUAGCCAUCUACUUCAACUCCGGUGCUGGGUUUCUGCCUCCCACCACAGACAUGAAUGUGUCAGUCUUACGCCGCAGAUAGUGCAAAAUAAGUCACAUUCUGUUGGCCCACUGCAUAUUUUAGCAGUCUGAAAAGUAUUGGUGCAUUAACGUGCACAUGGUGUGCUAAUGGAUCUAAAUCACUGUGGACGUUUUUGCAAAACACAGUCCAUUUCUGGAGUAAAGGGAUUAGAUCAAAAAAUGCUCAAGUCUCAGAAUGUAUACAGAUUGUGCAUAAAUGCUCCUUUAUAUGUAAAAAUGCGAAUCUAGAAAAUUGUAAGGGCCUUCUGCACUGUGAUGAAGCAGAAUUGUGGGUGAAAUAUUUUUUAACUCC